UAAACGAUUAAUAUCAACAACUGUGUAUUAGUAUCUUAUAUACCUUAAAUAUAUUCCAAUAGGUUAUAGGCUCAGUGCACGCUUUAAACUGCGCAACGAGGUAAACAACUGUUCUGUACACACGAGAUAAAUAUUGAGGUGAGUUGAAUUUCAACAAAAUUACAAUACAAGAUAUUUUAUUUAGUUCAGUGAAUGGAAAUGAAUUAUUUCAUAUUCAUUCCUGAAAUAGAGAAUUCCUGUUAUACAGUAUAUAUUGUAUUUGGAAAUAAUGUGUUUACCUUUCUAUUAGAGAAAUGAGAUAUUUUACUAUACACAUGAUUUAUAGAUUUAGAUUCAGAGGUUGAACUUUAGUUUUACUAUAGUGAUUUUGCUAACAUACUGUCUGUUUUAGAUUUGAAGAUUCUACAUACCUACAGCACCUAGAGGUUUGGUAAUGUAAAAUUGGAUGUUUCACAUUCCACAUACAUAAGCCAGAGAUGUAGAUAUUUUGAAAGUAUAUAUAUUCAUAAUGCCUGAUAAAAUUUUGGGGAACUAUUUAUUUCACUAAACUACAAAAACUGCAGUAUGGUAAGAUUAGUGAUAAUCAAUAUUUCAGGGCUUCUCUCAUACAAUGCUUGCUGUGCUGUGUUGUUUGUUUGUAAGCUAGGGUUAUUAUAGAAUUCAAGUAUUCACCCCGUAUCUGUACAAUGGCCAUACCUAACUCAACAGGUAUUCAUUGCAGUGCGUGAUACCGCUUUUUGUAGUAAGGUGUAUAUAUAUGAGGUGGUGAUAUUUUGAAAACUUCAUAGCCUGUUUCGAAUUGUAUUAGAUUGCUGUGCGUCUGAGACAAUUCAGAAGCACGAAACAUAAUUUUAUAUCCUAUACCUGGUAGUAGAAAAUAUUAGAUGUACUAAGAGAGCAUAUAAUUCACAAAAAUUGCUUGAAAUACAUGAUAUAAAUAUUUUUGUUUCAUAAAACCUGAAAUAGAUGGCAGCCAAAGAAAAUCAAGGAAACCCAUUGGUGGAGUAUGAUAGUGAUUCAGAUUCCAGCACUUCCAUAAGUGCAGAACACAGAGGGUUCAUACAUAACGAGGAAAGAGAGAAUUGGCAGAACCAACGUAAGUUUCUUCUGAGAUUAAUAGUUGCCAUUUACUUGAUUUUACUUGAUUAGAGCAGUAUCAAUGAGUGAUACUUAAGAGACUAAAUGAAAUAUUUUAGAGAAUUGACCCCUUUUGAGAUAUUAGAGAUUUGAGAGAGGAGAAAUUGUCGACAAUAGAGAGAGUAGAGUUAUGAGAAUAUAAGAGUAUUAGAAAACCCAGGUAUAUAAAAAUUAAUUCAUGUUACAGAGGUAACUAGUGUUAUGAGAAUAAUUUUUAUUAAAUUUUAGAGAUUUAGAGUUGUGAGAAUAUUUUUUUAGAGGUUAAUUUUAGAGAUGUAGAGUGUGAGAGAACCCAGGUUUAUAAAACAAAUCCAUGUUACAGAGGGAUCCGAAAAUGUAGGACAAAACAAUGAAAUUAACCUAGUAGAAAAUAUAACAAUUCAAGCUGCUGGAGAACGGCUGAGAUUGUUAGAGAAUAGGACUAAAGAGGUGGCCAAGAGGAAUAAAGUGAUGGCUGAUCAAUUACUAGAGUCCUCCAUUAUAUUGAAGGAAGUGAUGAACAGUGCUAGACAAAUGGUACAGGCUCUAACACAGCUAUCACAAAACAAUCUGGAAGCAGAGAAAACCCGUCUCAAAAUUAUCGAAGAAAAGAACAGGAACCUUGUUCAAGCGGAAGCUCAAGCCCCAAAAAGAAAAACCACGGAAGACAAUGGGACCGCGGCAAAAAGGGCAAAAACUUCUGUGGACAACAGCUCAAACCAGGAAGAAGGAUCGAGAGACUUGUCGGAGCAAGAGCUGCUUAGCAACAAGAUGAGUAUUAAGAGGGAAUAUAAGCUCAAGAAAAAUGCAAAUUUUGAGAUCUGGAUCGACAGUCUGAGAUCCGAGCUUUUGACAAAUGAUUUGUUGGAUGUCAUAGAGCCAAGUACGAGUGACCACACUUGGUCAGAGGCAAACAAAUCUAAAAGAAGCAAUUGGGUACGAGAUAUAAUCAUCAACAGGAUUGACGAGAACUACCAUAAGAAAAUUCUCAAUAUCCGAGAUCCUGUUGAGAUAAUUAAAAUUUUGAGGUCCUCCAGGAAGUGCGAAUCGAAUGUGACGCACACUUCAGUAAGAUCUCGCUUGUACUCCAUCAAAAUGGAGAGACACGAAACAGUAGAUGAUUUCUGCGAAAGAUUUGACUCAAUAGUGAUAGAAUAUGAAGCGUGCGAGGAUGUGAUCGAGCUCACCGCCCAAGAGAUGAGAUCUGCUUUUUACCAGGCUGUAUCACCAGUCACACCCGAACUAAGAAAUGCAGAUCUGAUCCGGAGACAGACCUCAAAUCAAGAAAUGACCCUAGAUGAGAUCAAGACUUUCAUCUCUCGAUUAGAGGCUGAGAAGAGGUCUGAGAUUAAAAAGGAGAUCCCAACAAUUCAACGGGUACAAAAAUUGAAAUGCUUCCGCUGCAACGAAGAGGGACACUGGUCAACAGAGUGCAAUCUGAGGCAACAAAAUAAAUGGUACUGCUUCGGCUGUGGGGAAAUCAAGAGCCAUAAGAAGGAGGAUUGCCCUAACAACAGUAAUACGAACAAGACUAGGCCUGUUAAAUUCAGAGGAUCGAGUAGAGGCAGGUUAAUCAAGUCAAGCUUCAACACGAAGACGAGGACUACGAGACAGGGCCACAUAGGCCAGAGGAGAAUGAGAGGAAACGGAAGACUCGUCAAAGAUGUUCAUGUCAAGGCAAGAAGGGUUGGAAGUAUAGAGUCGAGAGAACCCAAAAACAAAACAGGUAAGCUCAGUCGAACCAUUACCUUCAUUGCAGAUUCUGGAGCAACACACCAUAUCGUAAAUGAUAGUCUGAUUUUGAGAAAUUUUGAGAGAUGUCAAAAUACGAGUAUAAAGAGUGCUAAUAAAAAGGAGAUAGCAGAUAUUGUAAUCGAUGGUAAAGGUGAGUUAAUCUUGGAUUCAGAUUUUAGAGGUGAGAAAACGAUGAAAUUGCAAAAUGUAUUUGCAGCCAAAGAUGUUUCUGAGAAUUUGCUUUCCUUACGUAAACUUGCAGACUCUGGGUUCAAGAUUUACCUAGAUAACAAAGUUCUUAGAGUUUACAACAAGGUUAAUAAUGAGAUUGUUUUAGAGGGACAGUAUGAAAAACCGAACUGGAUUCUAAACUUCAAAAGCAACGAUAAGCGAAGAAGAUGA